GUUGUAUAAUAGAUUUUGUAAAUAGCAGCAAUGUUCAAGCUGAAGAACGGACAAGAAAUUCCGAAAUUGGCUCUCGGGACAUACGAAGCCAAAGGUGAUCAGCUUUUCGCAGCUGUCGACGAAGCACUCAAAGUUGGAUACCGUAGUUUCGACACAGCGAAGUACUAUGAAAAUGAAAAGGAUUUGGGUUUAGCUCUUAAAACUCUUCUCCCACGUCACAAUAUUUGUUCUGAGGAUAUCUACUUGACAUCCAAAGUGUUUCCGUAUUCAAGUAAAAAUGCUGCUGAGCUAAUCAGAAAAGAUGUCAAUGAAUCACUGGAAUUGUUAGAUAGAAAAUAUUUGGAUUUGGUUCUUGUACACUACCCUCGUCCUCUUGACACUGAAGAUCUUAAUGAAAAUAACAAAAUGUAUCGUAAAGAUACGUGGAUUGCACUGGAGAAGUUGCAUGCCGAGGGAAAAAUUCGCUCAAUCGGAGUCUCAAACUACGAACCACAUCACAUUGAAGAGAUGAGAAGUUACAUCACAAUUGAACCACAAGUCAAUCAAAUCGAAUAUCAUCCUCACUUCCAGCGAAAAGUCCUCCGCGCCUACUGUAAUAAAAACGAAAUUCUUUUCCAAGCUUUCUCUCCUCUCGGGCGUGGGAACAAGACUCUACUGGGUGAUUCAACGAUGGAGCGCAUUGCUUUGUGUCAUAAGACAACAGUUGCUAAUGUCAUCUUGGCAUGGAUUAUGAAAGGAAAAUAUGGUGUCGUUGCCAAGUCGGUCACUCCAUCGAGAGUCGCAGAAAAUUACACGUCUCUUUCCUUGGAACUGUCUGAUGAUGAGUUCGAAAAGAUUAACGGAUUGAAUCUGGAAACACCAUACGUCGAGGACCGUGGAUGGUUCGUGCUCUGAUCAUCUCACUUUCUCCUUCUAAUUUAUUCUCCUAUUUAUGUAUAUAUUGUAUAUAUACAUUCCAUUGAAACACCUUAUGAUUUUCAACACGUUUUAUUCAUGAACCAUUAUAUUGU